AUGGUCAAUACUGUAAGUAUAUGUUAUUCGCUUUAUGAAUGUAUAAAAUCGAGAGAGAAUGCUUUUUUAGGUUCUCUACUUCUAAGCGGCAUUAUACCACCACAAAUAUUGACUCGCCCACUUUUUCUUGGGAUUUGUGCACCUUCUUCAUGUAAUCGUCAAUCCAUUCUUUCAUUAGUUCAAAGUCUAUUCAAUAACAGCAAUAUUACCGAAGAACACGUACAUUGUUCGAAUGAUGAUGCCAGUAAACAGAAGAGUUUAUCACGCGGUGCGAUAGCCACAUGUGUUGUUCUCUCUCUACUCGGUCUUCUCGUCCUAAUCGGUACUAUCAUCGAUCUUGUUCUUGCUUCUCGUCUUGUAUCAGACACUCAUAUUACUUCGGAUAUAAACGGACACAAUAAAAUAUCGGCUACAGAAUUACCCGAGAUUAAAUCGGUGACCUUGCGACGACAUCCACAUUUUCGUAUGAAAGUUCUACUCGAUACAACACCUCAAGCAGCAGUAUUCAUUGCGCAAUUUUCGGCUGUACGUACAUUACGUCGUAUAUUUACAAUGGAAAUGAAAAACAAUAGUGACUCAUUUGAUUUUCUCAACGGUGUCCGUGUACUUUCACUUUUCUGGGUGAUCUUUGGUCAUACAUUUGUUUUUAACUCAAACUAUGCAAGCAAUUCUGUCGAUGCGCUUGCUUGGUCUCAGAAUAUAGCAUUUCAAUUGAUUGUCAGUGGUCUCUUCAGUGUGGACACCUUUUUUGUUCUCAGCGGAUUUUUAACAGCAGUUCUCUUUGUUAGACAAAUCACCAAAGAAAAACUUACAUUCCGUCUAUUUAUUCUUUAUUAUAUUCAUCGAUAUAUUCGUCUUACACCGACCUUUGUUCUUGUCAUUCUUGUGAGCAUUAAUUUGACACCAUACUUCGGUCGUGGACCUCUCUAUCCGUCCAAACAAGGAUUUGAACCUGAUGGUUGUAGUCAUCGUGGUUGGUGGAGAUCUAUUCUUUACAUUGCUAAUCUAUUUAAAUCCGAUGACACGUGCUUGUCUGUUUCGUGGUAUCUUGACAAUGAUAUGCAGUUUCAUUGGAUUGCACCACUUGCUCUCAUACCAUUUGUCAUUGGUCGAAAGUUCAUUGCAUUUAUUGUGGCCAUUCUAUUCGUUCUCGUUAGUAUUGGGUCAGUGGUAGGCAUUCUUCUGCAUUAUCCUAAUAUGAAUCUGAACGCUAUAACAGGCCUCUUGCAAGCAGUAAGUUUAACUUUUUGUAAUUUUUCAAGUGAUACUAAUAGUGUGUUUAAUCUUUCAUUUAUAUGUCGGUGUUACCUACUUUACCGAAAUCUACAUUAA